UUAUGGGAGUUCUGAUUCCCAUCUUGAAUCUCUUGGAGCAUAUUUCGAACCAAUCUCUCAUCUAUAUCCGAUCGAGUUUAUUGGACCAUUUGGAGGCCAAGGUGGACACCAUUGGGACGAUGGAAAAUUUAAUGGUGUAAAGAAAAUAAGGAUGAUGCUAGAAGAUGUUGUCAGCUGCAUCUACUUUGAGUAUGACGAUAAUGGCGAGUCUAUUUGGUCCUCUACACAUGGUCACAGUGUCAAUGGAGAUAUCCAUAUGGUUAACUUGGACUACCCUCGUGAAUUCUUGACCUCCAUGUCAGGUUAUAUUAGACAUGAUAAUUCUGUUAUUCAAUCACUCACGUUCGAAAGCAACGUAAGAAGGCAUGGACCCUUUGGUAAGGACGAAGGAAGCUUCUUUAGCUGUGGAUUGACAUGCAGCCAGAUAAUUGGCUUCCACGGAAGGUCUGACGUACGUCCAACUUGAUGCGCUAGGAGUCUACUCUGAACCAAUUUCUGAUCUUCAUCUCUUGAAAUCCUUUGGGCCAUUUGGAGGACAAUGUGGCGGUCCAUGGGACGAUGGAGAUAGCACGGGUGUGAGAAAAAUAACUAUAAAAGGUGGAUUAGUUAUUGACUCCAUUACUGUUGAAUACGACAAGAAUGGGUCUGUGGUUCAGGGCCCUAAACAUGGGGGAGACGGAGGAUCUCUAACA